AUGGCACAGGAGACGAACCAGCUGCCGGGCCCCAUGCCAUGUAGGACGGGCUGCGGAUUUUACGGCAAUCCUCGGACGACCGGGCUGUGUUCCGUGUGCUACAAAGAACAACUUCAGCGUCAGCAGAACAGGAUGGGCCCAGCCGGCGCGUCGACCGCUCCCGGCUCAGCCUCGACGUCCGGACGGAGCGCGGACGGCCGCUCAAACGACGGCGAAGAUACCACUGGAAGCACAUCUGAAAACUCAAGGUACGUUCCGAGGCCGCUUCCUGCCGCUUUGCCCGUGACGCGGCGCCUGAGGGAAAUGAGCCUUUCGCGGGAAGGGAGAACGUCGCCGAAAGCAGAGACGGAGCCAGUCGUUGCUCAACCAAGCCUGUCGCUUCCUCAACCCGGUCCGUCGCCGAGCGCGGAGCGAGCUUCUCCCCUGCCUAAAGCGAAGCACAAGAGAUGUUUGGUUUGCAGAAAGAAGGUUGGCCUUACCGGAUUUGACUGCCGCUGCGGCAACUUCUUUUGCGGACUUCACCGUUAUUCCGACGAGCACGGCUGCCCCUACGAUUACAAAGCGGAAGCGGCGGCAAAAAUCAGGAAAGAGAAUCCCGUUGUGGUGGCGGAAAAACUCCAGAGAAUAUAA